CGCAGUGCCUCCACGUCCCGUGUCGCAGCCGCGUCGUCAGCUGUUAGUUGUCAGUGGUGAUUGUUGUGCUCAGUGUGUCGUUUGUGUCCAGUGUGCAAGAAGACAGUGUGCAAGGGUUUAUUAUGCUCUGGAGUGCAUGUUAAAUUGAAAGAUUAACCUCAAUUCACCAUAGGCUAGGAAUGGAAACAAAAUAAUUACCAGUCUUUAAUAUAGACAAUUAAAUUCAAUUGGAAACAAAGACGUUCCACACUCGCGAUCAGAGACAGAACUAGUGAGAAUGUGAACGUGUGUGAGACGUGAUGCUGGACCAGUGCCAGAAGCCGUGCGGCAAGCUGGCGCAGAUCUUCGGCUGGAGGCACAAGUACGACGUGCAGAGGCUGCAGCGUGCCAACCAGGUACCGCCGUCCAAGUGCGUUGUCAUCACUCAGGUCGUCUCCAGGAAACGGAGUGCUGACUCCUGGGUGGCCGUACACAGUCUGCAGUCACAGAGUGAUGGAGGAAUCUUGGACCCUGAUGACAGGCUACAGGAUGUGGCUGAUGACCGGGAGCAGAUCAUCGCCAACUUUGAGGAUGGUGAACCGCCGGUGCACCACGGCGGGGACGGGGCCUCUGGGAGCAGUGUGGGCACUCCUAGCCCCGACAUCUUCCAGGGACCAGACAAGUACCGGACAGAUAUUGAGGUGACCAACGAGCAGAUAGCGUCAGGAGCAGCUCCUCUCCAGGUGCGGAGAGGCAGUGAACCGGCGCUCAACCAACUUCUCCCCUCCACUGGUACCAGCAACGGUCAUCUGCCAGCUGUCAGUGAGACUUCCAAGAGAUGGUCUGCGGCUCCCAUCAUCGCCGAGCCUCGGGAUAGGGUGGUGCCGGCUGGUAGGAAGGAGGAGAGAGAGCGGGGAGUGAACGGACACUCGACGGAACGAGAGAGGGAGAGGUGGGGGGACGAGAGGGAGGAGUCGCCCCACCGUCUGUCUACAGGGUUCACACGAGACGGUUGCCGACUGUCCAUGCAGUACUUGGGUGACGCCCCUGGAGGCAUGAAGUGGAUGGAUGCUGCAGACAGAGCUGUCAAUAGUCGGGUGCAAUCACUCUCCCUGCCUCGGGAGACCAGGCGGAAGGAGCCCCUAGGACAAGCCACAUCCAGUCCGACUGAGAAUUACAGGAAUGAAAGUACACAAUACAUCGUGCUGGACACAGAGAGCGGGGCACUGGGCAUACACGUAGUGCCGGACUACGACAGCCAGGGCCAGGACCGAGGACUGCUGGUACAGGGGAUAGAGCCGGGCGGCAGGGUCGACAGGGACGGCAGGCUCGCCGUGUACGACCGCAUCAUCGAGAUCAACGGACACAAUCUGCUGGACCAGCCCUUCAAUGUUGUGCAGGAUAUCUUCCGUGACUCAUUGCGAUCGCCAGAGCUGAGACUGAGGGUGGUGAAACACAAGGCUGGCAUGAAGAAGCCUCCCCCACCAGUCUACCCCAAGCCUCCGCCACUCCAUGAGCGUGACGCUAUGGCCAUGGUUGAGGGGGAAGAGAGGAGUGUGAGCACAACAACGAAGGUGGCGACAGUCUCACCCACCAAGAAGCUGCCGUCAACGCACCCUGGCACUAACACACUGCAGCUGGCCAACACACGCAAGAUCGGGCGCAAGAUGGAGCUGGACCUGGUGAAGGGACCGCACGGUCUGGGGUUCAGCAUCACCACACGGGACAACCCGGCCGGAGGCAACUGCCCGAUAUACAUCAAGAACAUACUGCCCAAGGGAGCGGCGGUGGAGGAUGGCCGACUGAGGCCUGGGGAUCGGCUGCUGGCUGUGGACGGGGUGGAGCUGACGGGGAAAAGUCAGUCCGAGGCUGUGGCUCUUCUUCGGAAUGUUCCUCCGGCGGGCAAAGUCCGCAUUGUGGUCUCUCGUCAAGAUGACAGCACUAGUCCAAAAAACGUUGAUUCUGGUCCUGAAUCUCUCAACUCGUCUGCGUCAUCAGGGAUCAAACCUUUGGAGAAGGAUGUGAACACGCCACCUCCACAUCAGUCGCAGAGCUCUGAUCCAGCGCAGCUGAAUGAAAGUGGCCUCUACCCUUGGAGACAGCGUGAGGUGUUAACCUUUGACAUCCCGGUCCAUGACUCGGAGAAGGCUGGCCUAGGCGUGAGUGUAAAAGGGAAAACAUCAGCGAACCAAAACGCAAAUCCGAACUCGAGCAAUGGUUCUGCCAUCGAUUUGGGCAUUUUCGUAAAGAACGUCAUUCACGGAGGAGCAGCAUCCAGAGAUGGACGGUUGCGCACCAACGACCAACUGUUGAAUGUGAACGGUGUGUCGCUGCUGGGACUGAGCAAUUCUGCCGCAAUGGAGACAUUGCGCAAGGCCAUGAUCCGCUCAGACGGCCCGGCACCCGGAUGUAUAACGCUGACAGUUGCGCGUCGCGUACCUGAGCUCACCUCUCCCGGCAGUGGACAAGGGUUGGCGCACAAACGGCGUGACUCACUCAGCAGCCUCCUCACCGACUCUUCCGGUAACAAAAGCUUACUGAGACUGUUGAGUGACUUGGAACGACACACGGAAACGUUUGGUGGCCCAGGAGAGACGUACGUCACCCCUGACAACUCCGGGGCGUCGGAGAACUCUGACAACACUGUGAUAUUUCUGCCGCCCUACAAACAGCAACAUAAUCAUCUAGAUGGAGUGGGCAUGAGGAACCCUGUGCUGGAGAGGCUGACGGGGCAAACACAAGGUCAAGGUGGAGGUCUCAGGAACGAAAGUUACUACAGGGCUACACAUCACACGACUAUGUUACUCAACAACAGCAGCAAGCUCGGCAGCCCGACUGUGAAUCAGCCUUCGGGCGAGACAGUCAUCAUAGAAGAGGACUCUCCUUAUAUCCCUGCCACGGGGCGGAGGGUGGAGGUGGAGACUGUCUCGAGCACUCCGCAGCGCGGCAGCACCAGCAGUACGCAGACCGCAGACGCCACCUACGCCAGCCAACUAUCGCUGGAAGAAGUAGCCGGGUUCUCGCGCGAUGCGUUUGGCCGCCAAAGCAUGUCCGAGAAGCGCCACGCCACACUCGACGCCAAGAAUACCGACACUUACCAGCGCAAUAAGAAGCUGCGCGAGGAACGAGAGAAACAGCGGCGGGAGGAGAUGCUCAAACACGGCAAACACGUGAGAGAAGGCGCCAGUGCCGGCAUGAUCCGGGUCAACUCGGCCGAGUCCAUCCCUCGCUCUGACACCAAUGGAGAGGCUGUAGUCAAGUCUCAGCUGGGUCCUUCCCUGGGUAUGAAGAAGUCCUCUAGUCUCGAGUCGCUGCAGACCAUGGUACAAGAGAUCCAGAUGCAGGAAGAUGUGGGGACCUACCGCAACACUCAGGGGGCUAUCAGAGUUAUCCGAGGACGAGGGUGCAACGAGAGCUUCCGAGCUGCGGUGGACCGCAGUUACGAGGCUCCCCUCAGUCUGCAUGAGCUCAGAAUGGAUACCCUUGCGGAGGAUGAGACGGAAGGUGUGUUGGGCACCAGGCAGUCAUCUCUCAACACUGCCAUGGACUGUAAGAUGAUAAAGGUCAACAAGAAGAAGCCUGGUCUGCUGAAAGGCAUCGGGUCCAUGUUCAGGUUCGGAAAGCACCGCAAGUCGAUGGAGGGGGGACCCCAGUCUCUGGGCGGAGAGGAGGAGCGGGAAGCUGCUAGACGAGCAGCACGGGAAGAGCAGGAGAGGAUACAGGAGCAGUACAAGAGGUUGAUGCAGAAGCAGGCUGAGAUGCAACAGCAGUCGAGAGGGGAACAGUCGAACGACAACACGCUGUCGAGUAACGGUAGCAGCGGGGGUGGCGGGGGCUCGGAGCCCACCAGGACGGAGCGGAUACAGCAGCUGCGGGCACAACACCAGAGGAGGCACGUGGAGCGACGCGGACAGUACCCCCUGGACGAGAGAGAGGAGCGAUACGAGGAGGCUAUCAGACAACGGAUUAAUGUCAGUCCCCCGUCGUACUACAAGACUGUCCAAGACCAAUAUUACAAGAGGCUGGAGGCCCCUGAGUUUGACCCAAGCGCCAUGACCCGACCAGGCAGUCGUGUUGGUAUCACUGAUCCGGCCAGGUUUAGCCACUACGUCAACUACCAAGAGAUACAACAGCAUCUCAAUGCGGAGAGGGACAAAGUGCGUCUACGGCGGCCCGCUCCCCCUCCCCCUACCACCUCUGUCACCGACAGCUCGGCUCAGGACCCCACCGACAGUCGGAGGCAGCAACAUUACCACUCGCAGCGAAGAGACCCUCGAGAACAGGCACACCGGCCGGUCUCCAACUUCUACGAGUACGAGAGCGUACAAGCUGUCCUGCGUGACGGUAACUGCAACUCACUGCCUCGUCGCAACGAGAUCGCCCCCACCCACGGUAUGAGCAGCAGCCAACGAAGCAGCGGUUACGGGCAACCACCACGAUUGUACCAACCGUUCCUCAACCACCCGCCUGCCUACCAUAUCAACAAUAACAACAACAACAACUCCAAGCCGCAGCUGAUGAUGCAGGGACAGCGCAAACCCCACGGGCCCUUUGUCACUCAUGUCACCAUACGCGAGGCGCAGUCCACUAGUCCGAAAGUAUGACCUCUGCUCAAACACACUUUACCUGUUCAUAACGUGCCUAGCGAUAACUAGAUUAAGAUGUCCGAGAACAGUGGAGAAAAGUAUUUGUUAUGUCGUAAGUGAAAGGAAUUUGUAUUGGAGUGUUAGUUGGUACUGGGAGCUAGGUUGGUACUUGAUCUAUUAAUGUAUGAAUACAAAACUUAUUAUUCUUUUGCAAAACUAUUAAUUUCCAUUGAACAAAUCAACUUUCAUCCAUUGAUCUGGAGAAUAAGCCAAUGAUUACUUUUAAUAUAUUCUAAAACUACUUCACGGUAAAACUUUCUAAGAUCAUUUUAUCUGUUAAUCUUAUAAACACUGUAAUUUUUAUACUUACCGAACGUAUCCUUUGUCCUAAAUUUCGGGUAUAGUUUACCAAACUUUCCAUUAUGUAGAUUUCUGACACUUGAAAAUUAGUGUUCAUUUUUACUCAUGAAGCGUGUAAAAAAUGGAAAUUACUUUUCUAUGAAUUGAAAAUUCUCCAUCUUACAGUAUGGAAUUAUGGCCAUAUGUUGUGAAUGUAACCAUCUCCUGUUCAGCUUUCUGUAAUCUAUGAACACCAUGGGGGGUCAUUUUAGGAGCUAUUUCUAUUUGGAUUGAUUUUACCCUUUUCCAUCUGUGAAAGUGCAAUUUUAUUUGAUGAUGUACAUAACAUCUGAAUCUAAAAAUACAAAUGUGCCAAACUCAUGUACCAACCUAGCUGUGCUGUAUUUGAAAUUUAGCUACCUGUGAUACUUGAGAUUAUAAUCUAUAGCCAAACUGUCUAAGUAUAAACUACUUGCUUUUGGUUGAAACAAAAACAAUUUUUUUUCUGUUCACUUGCAAAAAUUAAUAUAGUUCUUAAUUUGUUGAGAAGUGAAUGUCAAAAAAAAUUUUAUUUAAUUUUUUACAAUUUCUUUUACAGAAUUAGAUGCUGUUGAGUUCAGUCAAUAUCCGUAAUUUUAUUUAAUUCUUGUAAAAUCUCUGUGGAAGUGAAAUGAGUAUGAUUCAAGAUCUCAGGACAUUUGGUUUAGACGAUAAUGUGUUAAUUAUAUUAUAUGGUAUUUCAGUGUACGGCCAAAAAAGAUAGUUGUAUAUGCAAUGUUGACCAUUUAGUAGAGUUUAGUGUUUAAAUGACUGUUAGUGUACAUUGUGUGGAUGUAGUGGACACAGUGAGAAGUAACCAGCAGACAUGCAUGUUUGUGAAUUUUAUACAUUUUUAACUUUCUGACAGUUUGUACGACCUGUGAUUUGAAUAAUGUAAUGUAACAUUCCAUCUUUGUGUGAAGUAAUUUUAAACAAUUUUAUGUUGAUAAUUCAUCAAUUUUAUAUCUGAAUGUUUUUUACAAUCUGUGAUUAUAUCCAUUCCUUGUGUGUUUUUUAUAUAUGUAAAUGAAUGAGUUUGUAACUAUUUUAUUUUAAAUUUAUAAUCCAAACUUGUGUGAUAAAAUUUUGUAUAUGUUUACUUUA